AUGGACGCAUUUUUAUCGUUCUUUCUUCUCAGUAUAACGAUGCUGGUCGGAUCUUUUCUUGUUGGUAUUAUGCCACUAUUUUUCUCGCCUUCAGACAAAUGGUUAAAAUCUAUAUCAUUAUUUGGAAUUGGUUUACUAGUUGGAACAUCUCUAAUAGUGAUUAUCCCUGAGGGUAUCGAAACCUUGUAUAGUGUGCCCAGAAAUAAUAUAGAAAUAUUUCCGAAUUAUAAUACAAAUCCGAUCGAAGAUACUCCUGUAGAAAGACGGAAUAUUCUUCCAGAAUUCGAUCUUACUGGAUAUAAAAUAUAUGAUAUAUCAAAUACAAACAGAAAUAAUAGACGACAAGAAUCACUGAGCGAGUUUGAAAAACCAUCAAACAAUGAAGUGGAUUCUAUUGCGCCACCCUCACAAAUUGAUGGUGACAAUGAUAAAGAAAAUCUUGCUCAUCGUUAUAUAGGAAUAGCUUUAAUAUCAGGAUACAUAUUGAUGUUUUUAAUUGAUCAAAUUGACACCUUUCAUGAGCAAUCUCCAAGUCGUCUUGACACGGUUGAAUAUACUGAAAUGAAUGCUUUUGCAGAGGACAAUAUUGGAAUCGAAGAUGAUCGUGACAAGGAUAUACAUAUUAAUAAUAUGACCGGUAAUUUCCCAGCAAAGAUUAAAUCGCAUUCUAUGACUAUCGGACUGGUUAUUCAUGCAGCUGCAGAUGGCAUCGCUCUCGGAGCAUCAGCAAAUCAACCUACUAUCGAAUUUAUAGUUUUUCUGGCAAUUAUGCUGCAUAAAGCACCUUCUGCCUUUGGACUUUGCACGAUUCUUCUCCGCGAGGGUUACAGUCGUCAAAGAAUCCGGAAACAUGUAGCAAUUUUUUCAAUGUCCGCUCCUUUGACAGCUAUUAUAACUUUUAUGCUACUGCAAAGUAGAGCUCAACUAAAUCCGAAUAGUAUGCAAUGGUGGACUGCAAUCUUGUUGCUUUUUUCUGGAGGCACUUUUCUAUAUGUGGCGAUGCAUGUAAUGCAAGAUGUCAACAACGGUCCCGGAAAAUUAUCAGGUCAACAUAUUGUCACUCUAAUAUUGGGAAUGUCCUUCCCGCUGCUAUUAGAAUUUGAGCACACACACUAA